AUGAUUCAGAGGAAAGAGGUGGUGCUGUCUGUCCUGGAAGAGCUCCAGGAUGCCACCGAGUCCAUGGGCUUGGGUGCCCUGAUAAAAGUGGCCCUUGAGGUGGAGCAAGUCCUCGCUCCUUUUUGCCUCCCGACAGCGCUAUGCUCGGAGAUCUCCUCUUGGAUGGGCAUCGAUGCCAUGGCUCACAGACUUUACCCUGCAGAUGCCCCAGCUGGCCUGCUUCCUCUGGUCUGCAAAGGGGAGGGUAACCUGCUGUUUGAUGCCACUAGCAUGCUUCUGGUAGGUUCUACAAGCCUGAGUUUGGAGCUGCAGGUCAGGACGGUGGUGGAGAUGCUCCUGUGGAAGCAGUACUACCUGUGCGGAAUGAUCGAUUCCAAGGUCAUGCUGCAGGCAUCUAGGUUUUCGCUCUGUGCUGAAGAAUCACAAGACAUGCUCAAGCUGCCGAUGCAGGUUCUGGAGGCCAUCUUCGAUGCUGACAUCAAGGCUUCUUGUUUUCCAAACUCGUUUGCAAACAUGUGGCAUGUCUAUGCUCUGGCUUCCGUCCUCAAGUGCAACAUCUACUCCAUUUACCCAAUGUAUAACCUCAAGAUCAGGCCCUAUUUCAAUCGUCUAAUCCGUCCCAGAACGUGGCCCAAGCACUCCGAGCCACUGACCCUCCACAUCAUGUGGUCUGGCGAGCUUGAGGCUGGCUCCAUUUUCAAACCUCGCCACUUUGUGGCCUUGAUUCAUGCCAGUGAUCUAAAAAUUGGAAGCCCAGGGAGUGAGCAACGAUUGUCAUCGGUGAAGGUUCUGGAUCUGCUCAAUGAGGAUUUACAACUUUCCUACUCCACCCUGAAAGACAAGUUCAACAUCACGAAAAGCACCUUCUAUCGCUGGAGGAGGCAAAGCAUGGAGUAUCAUAAGAAGUCAGUUGCCAGGUAUGAAGCCAAACACUUUUUCCAGGCCUGCUACAAAGAAGGCAAGCUCAUACCCCAGAACCAGUUCCGAGAGUUCUUCCCAGAAAUCUCCAGAUCCACGUAUUAUGCCUGGAAACAUGAACUCAUGGCUACUGGAAGUAUCGGUUCUGGAGGUUCCACUGGAGAGGUAAGCCCUGGAGAUAGCAAUGAGCAGGACUACUGGUCCUCUCCAGAAAGCAUGAAGCAGCCCAUCCAGGAGACCUUCACUAGCAUGUUGGCGCUCAAGUCUGAGAAACUGGAAGGAGAUCGAUUCCAGAAUGCAGCUCUGAUGCAAGAAGCAAAGAAAAGCCUCCAGAACUGCAUCGCCACCAACACAUCAUUUCCGUACCGUGUAUUCAAGCGAAGGUUUCCAGGAAUCUCAAGAUCAACUUACUACAAUUGGAGGAGGGAAGCCUUGCUCUUCAGGCCGUUCAAAGACCUGCCAGGAAGCAGGGAAGAAAGCUCGCAUCCGAAUAAAGUUCAGAAUCCAAAAGGGAAGCUGUUACCGCCGGUUUUGCUGCCGAGUCACAGAGUAAUCCCGAGAGUCCGGCUCUCGAGGUGCAGUCAGAAGAGUCUCCGGCUGAUCUACCUUCAGAAGAAGAAACUCAGAGAGGAAGCCAAAGCACGUGUUCAGAAGUCCAAGAUCUCACUGUUUAAAUUCAAGCUCAAGUUCCCAUCAAUAUCAUCGUAUUACUACUGGAUUUGGAGGUAUAAUAAAGCUGAGAAAGGGCGUGGUCUGGGCUUUCAGAUUGAGAUCAAUAAACCGGAAAGUGUCAAUGCCACGACCGAUCGUCUGAAGCAGGAGGAAAAUCAGGGAUGCUUUACUUUUGAUGGAAAUGCUGAGUUCUUGAGCAACCAUAUGAUCAAUGCCAGCCCCGAGUUCUCCCCAUCAUACUGUCCUCUAUCUGACAAGACCAACAACACCACCACCACCAACAACAACAACAACAACAACGAGCAAAUGUUUGUGAUGGAUGUCGUGGCAUUGGCGAACUUCAAGGCCAAGGCGAAACUGUUUCUCCAGCAGCGCUUUGAGGAGAAAUCGUUCCCGACAUUCAAAGAGUUCAGGUCUUACUUUCCUCUCACUCCACGUUCCACCUAUUACAUGUGGAAGAGGGCUUUGCAUCACGGUGUGCCAUUAAUUCACGGAUAA